AUGACUAAUUAUCCUUACUAUUCUCCUCCACCACCUCUAUCCCCGGGAUACAACAAGACCAAAUCUCCGCUGCCACCGCCUCCACCACCACCACCAUCCCCAGAAUGCAACACGAAGACCAAAUCUCCGCUGAAACCGCCUCCACCACCACCACCACCACCACCACCACCUCCAUCACCAUCUCCACCUCCUCCUCCGCCACCAGCCCCUCCUCCUCCAAUUUGUGACAUGACUAAUUUGAAACCCCCGCCACCCCCGCCACCUCCGUGCCACAAUGUAACAUCACCACCACCGCCACCGCCACUACCAGUACCACCACCACCACCACCACCACCACCAUGCUACUACAAUUGCCCGCUACCUCCACCUCCACCACCACCACCGGCACCACCACCUCCUCCUCCUCCACAACCACCUUCUCCUCCUCCUCCACCACCAUGCUUCUACAAUUGCACGCCACCUCCGCCUCCUCCUCCACCACCACCACCUCCUCCUCCUACUCCAUGCUACUAUAAUUGCACGCCUCCUCCGCCUCCGCCUCCGCCGUGCAUGUACAAUUGCACAAUACCACCAGUGUCUCCGCCGGAUAAUAACCACAACACGGUGUAUAUUGCCGUGUUCGUCUCGCUUGGCGGUGUUUUCUUCCUUGCCUUCCUCGCCGUCGGCCUCUUCUGUUUGGCGAAGAAGAAGAAGAGAAGGCCACCUGUGGUCCCACCACCGGUCUGUGUCGAGGAACACGAACACGGCCAGGAGACCAUCACUACGACUACAGGCCCUUUUGGUGGGCAAACUGGAUAG